AAGAAAAAUACAAAAAAAAACCAACAAAAAAACAACAACAAAAAAAGAGGAAUAAAUCGGUUUUGUUUAAUCCACCCACUGCUUUCCCCAGCCGUGGGGUUUCAGUAUCACGAGCACUGGCCACACGUGGUAGUGUUCACCCAGCCAUCCUUCCGGCCGUGAUUCCUGGGUGCCCCUUUCGUCCCCACGGACCGUGGCGGGGUGGGGAGAGGAGAGAGGAAAGGAGGGCAUCGUUGCGCUGGCUGCAAGGGAAUAGUCCCAGAGGGGAAGGGCUGAUGGUGACAGCAAAUGCAGAGCUCUUUUCUUGGGUCUCGGAUGGCGCAGGUGUAGGGACGGCCCCAGAAUAUUUCAUAGAAAGAGGGAGCCCAUUAGUGCCUUCACCCUAAUGAGGUUCAUGAGCUCAACCCCUAUCAGACAUCAGAGAAUCCAUGCGCCUGGCUCUGGCAGCCACUGUGGGAUGACUUACUCUGUCCUGCAUCCCUCCAGCAAGGCUGGAAGUCAGAGCUGGCCGCCCGCUUUCCUAUUAAAUGGGUGAGAAAGGGUGUUCCCGAGGGGAAAGGUCUCCCUGUAAGGGGGUUACGAGGACUUUUCCCUCCCUUCCACCCAAAGAGGGGUCUCCGCUGCUGCGGUUGCAGGCGAUUUGGAAAGGCCAUGAUUGCGUUGGCACUGCUGACGUGCCCGGAGGCAUAACCCGGUCCCGCGGUGACAGCGGGGCCGGUUGCACAAUGACCCCGACCCCGCAGGUUUUGUAGAUUGGUGCAUUUCGGGGAAAGGGGAAAAAGCAGCGAGGAAAUACCGGAAUUCACAAGAACCCAGGUUUCUGUCCCAGCUUGUCCACCCCGAGCAUCGUCACCACAUGGAAGGGAUCCCACGCCUGCAUCUCCCGCGCAGCAUCUCCCCAGGGGACUGAUUCAAACUCCACCCUCCCGAGAGAUCCCUCUCGGCCGCUGGAAGGCCAGCUUACCUCUCCCGUUUCACGCCCUGGUCAGGACACCGGCAGCAACGUAUAAAUGGCCUCAAAACGUCACGUGGAGUCUCUGGACCCCAUGAUUUUCAACAAGAUACCUCGGCUGGAGAUGGAGCCUGCCGCUGGCUUUCCUGUUGGCCUCUGCAAAUCCAGCCCUGUGCCCAACCCUGGCUCCGAAAACCAUUUCAACUACAAGGGUUCCUACUUCGCCUGCCCACUGCAGAGCCCCGACGGCCCUGAGCAGCCCCUGGGGCACUGGAGCCCAGUGUCCGCUUACCUGCACUAUGGUCCCGGUGCUGGCAGCCAGCCCGUGCCGGCAGAGGGGCCACUGGCGAGCUGCCUGCUGUACCGCCCCGAGAGCCUGGGCGCUGGGCUGCAGCCUCCAGCCACCCAAAAGAGCAAGGACAGCCUGACGCGGGAGCUGCUGAUGGCGAGGGAGAAGCUGCCCAGCCCCUCGCCGGCUGUGGGACACUCUUUCCCGGUGAAGAAACCAGUGGCGGUGAACAAGGCGGCCCCCCUGGCUGUCCCCAAGCCUGUGUACAGAGCCCCCGCCUGCUUCAUGGAGCCCAGGGUGGCCCUGCCGCUGGGACCCAGCAUGGAGAGACUGGGGGAUGCAGACUGGGCUCUGCCGGCCACCGCCCCCGCCAGCCACCCCCUCCACCCUGGCGAGCCCCGCGGCAGCGCUGGUCUGCACAAGAGGGGUCCCCGCUCUGAGCCCAGCCCCCUGCCACUUCACCCCAGCCUGGCGCUGCCCACGAAGGAGAAAGUGGGCUCUCCGGUCGCCUUCUCCCCCUAUUACGCCGCCUUUGAGAAAUACAGGAGCACCCCCUUGCUGGAAGCCGGCUGCCCCGCUGCCCAUGGCCAGAGGAAGGUGCCCGAGGUCCCCAGCCUCAGCCCGGACCCCUGGCCCAAGCUACAGCCCCCCGCCACCAGCAUGGCAUACCGGGAGAGGCCACUGGCAUGCUACCCGCAGACCCACUACCCGUUGCCCCUCCAGAAGGCAACCCUCCUCUACCACCCCCUGCCUCCCACUGUGGAGCCACAGCCCAGCGCCUACAAAGGCUUCAGCUUUGCAGGGAGUGGGGAGCCCUUUCCCAGCUCUUACCUUAAGCCCCAAGCUUCACGGAGCUUCUUCCCCAGCCCCUUGGACACCUACGUGCCGAGGGCAGGCAGUGCCGGCACUGUGGCAUCACCGCCCACCAAGCUGGAGGUGCUGCCAAGGGAUGCGAAGCCGCCGCAGCGAGCUGGCUACUUGCCAGUCCCUGGCUUUGCCUUCAGCCCCAGUGACACGGCCGUAUUGGGCACCUCCUUCACCAGCACGGAGCCAGGCUGCGAGCGGCACCCGGUGGAAAGUCCUCAUGGGCGAGUGGCAGCGAGGCACAACAGUGCUUUCCAACCUGUCUGUGCCCUGGAGAAGGUCGCCAAGGGCUCUGGCGAGGCGUUUCCUAAAGGAGAAAGAAGCUGGGUGAACCAGAGCCAAGGGGAGCAGGACCCCCCUUACCCUGGGAGGAAGACGAGCAGCCCGGCCCCCCAAGAGACCACCCGGGGGGAACCACUGGCUCCCAUCGUCGUAGGGAAGGGAGAUGCCUGCAAGGUCAAGGAUGCAGCCAAGGACCUCGUUCCCCCUUCUCUGGACGCCUCCCCCCCACAGGGGCUUAAAGCCCCCAGGAAUGGCGAGUUUUCUCCUUCCUCCCCACCCAUGCCAGUGAUCAACAACGUCUUCAGCCUGGCACCUUACCGAGAUUACCUGGAGGGGACGAAGGCCUCAGCCCAGGUCCCCUUCUACGGGGAACAUCUGCGGGGGGACCCCCCAACCCAAAACACGGGGGGCCGCCAGGAUCCUGCAGCCCUUGGGGAUGUCUCGGUGACGUCCAGCCUGCUGACUGCAGGGACAGUGUCUGGCCAGGCGCUGAAGACGGGCAGUGGCAUGGUCCAGAGCCAAGAGGAAAGCUGUCAUGGAAAGGUCCCCGAAAAACCAAAGCCUGUGCCCCAAGAGCUGGGGUCUCGGGAGGGCAGCCCUGGUGGGGUGGGGAGCGGGGAGCCAGCCGCUGAGGACAUUGUGCUGGACCUCAGCUUGAAGAAGAAACUGGUGAAAGCUGGGGAGACCCAGGGACCUGCUGGCCAUGCAGAGGGGGCACCAAACAGGGAGGAUGCAGAGCAGGAGAAAGAGGGUCCAGGGGGGAAGGUGAGGGCGGGAGAGGGGGCCAAACUCGGGGGGCUGCCCUUGCUGAUUGAGGUGGGCUCUGGGGACAAGAGCAACUUCCAGAGCUCAGCCACGUUCAUGUUCAAAAAAUACAAGAUCCUGCGCUCCCGCCCGCCCGGCGCUGUGUCCCCCCAGCCGGCCAGCAGCCCCUGCGCCCCCCAGACCAGCCCACUGCCACCAGCCCCCUCCGGCAGCAUCCCCGCACUGCCGCAGACCCUCCCCGCCUCCCCGCCAGCCAGCAGCCCCCCAGCCCCACAACCCGGCCCUUCCGCACUGCGGGGGGUUUGCCCAGACCCGGAGCAGCCCCAGUUGCCCGAAGCCCGCCAUGUGCCGGGAGAGGAGAGCGUCUCACUGGCCGGGCAGUGUGAGCCCCCUGGCCCACAGAGCUCUGCUGGCCAGUAUUUCAGCAGCCUGCACGCCUUGCUCUGCGAUGUUAUUUCAUGCUCAGUGUCCAGGUCCUCCCCGGAGAUCCUGCGGGAGUGGUUGAAGAAGGCAGAGGUGGUGGAGGAGCUUGGAGAGAUGCCCAAAUCCCCUCCCAAACCCAAGAAUGGCUCCAGGAUCCCUGAACCUCAGAAGCCCACGAAAGGCAAACAGAUCUGGUUGGCUUUCCAAGAUGUGCCCACCCUCCUCAGUAACCUGCUGUCUCAGCUGGAGACUUUCAUGUUUGCUCGCAAGUGUCCUUUCCCCCACGUAGUCCGAGCAGGGGCCAUCUUCAUCCCCAUCCACGUGGUGAAGGAGAAGCUCUUCCCCAAGCUCCCCGGGGCCUCCAUUGACCAAGUGCUGCAGGAGCACAAGGUAGAGCUGCGCCCCACCACGCUCUCAGAGGAGAGGCACUUGAGGGACCUGGAGCUGAAGAGCUGCACCUCGCGCAUGCUGAAGCUCCUGGCCCUCAAACAGCUCCCCGACAUCUACCCGGACCUGCUGAACCUCCACUGGCACAACUCCAUCAGGCAGCAGCUCGGUUCAAGCUCGCAGGCCGGCCAGCCCCCCUCCAAGUAGCCCUGGCGUGAAAGCUGAUGGCAACCGAUAGCCAUGGAUCGCACGAAGGAAAAGGAGGCACCAAGGAAUGCGGCACGGGCAACAGCUGAGCUGCCCGCCCACAAGGACAGGAAAGGGAAGGUCCCCCUCGCC